CUUUUUUUUUCUUUUUUUUUUUUUUCGGACGAGCUCGCGGGUCGCACUCUCGCCAGAAGAGGGCAUUCCGAUUCUGCCUGACAAAGUUGCCCCGACAUGCAGACGUGAUUAGCGACAGCGUCAUGCUGUAUUUCAAACCGAGCCACGGCGAGGAGGAAAAGGAACAUUUGGACAACGAGGGCGAAAAACAAAUCGGGGAGAUAUUUGGAUAUUCGGCUGCUCCGCGAAGACGCGUCGCCGGCGUUUCUCGCGGACUUGUGGAUAAACGAGCGUUACUUUUUCCCCCCCUCUCUCUCUCUCUCUCUCUGUGCGCCAUGCGCGGAUCUGACUGAGCAUCCUCGAGAAAACAAGAGACGCCGGGGUUGCACUUGGGAGAAAAAAAAAAUUGGAAUCUAAAAAUUGCAUCCUGUGCUUUUCUCUUCGGUUGUGGUGUUCUGUGCAUCAUGCCGACGCGUUCGUGAAGUUUCGUGACCGGAUUUUUUCGCGGAAAUCUCCAUAUGCGCAUGUGAGACUGACAUGAAUUACUUGGACGUGGCUUCGUUACCGUCUGCGCCUACUGCGGUACUCUUUUUGGCUGUAACUUGACGAAAAAAGAGAGCGAGCGAGAGAGAGAACGAUCCUUUUUUUCUUCUUCUUCUUACCAUCCCCUGCGAAGACAUGGAUAGGUUGUUCUGAGCGGAUUCUUCUCUUUGUGUUUGUGUGUGUCACCUUUUUUUUUUUUUUUUUUUUGUUUCCAAGAAAAAAAAAUAAAAUCUGGAGUUGGAGGUAAAUGACAUUCGCCCCUGGUUCAGCUGGACGGUUAUAGAUGCAGAAGUAAACCGGAUAGCUCAUCCAGGUCCGGGAGAGUAAAAGGGCAGGUGCGCUUUGGAGUCGGCGGCUGCGCGGAGAGACCGGGCUAGUGGAUUAGGACGGUACCUGUCUGUGGAGAGCGCGUCAUGCGGACUCGGACGUCGCGCACAAGAAGCCAUUAAAACCUGUGGGCUGGAGCUGACAGAUAAGCGGAUAUGGGCUCUGCUCUGCGGCGUCGCUGGCUAGUGGUCCAACUCCUGAUGCAGGUGUGGUUGGCGGCAAAUCCAUCUUUGAGUGAGCGCCCAUGCCCCAAGAGCUGUCGCUGUGAUGGAAAAAUUGUCUACUGUGAGUCAAGCGCCUUUCGCGAUGUCCCCAAGAACCUCUCAGGAGGCUGUGAAGGCCUGUCUUUGCGGUACAACAGCCUCGCGAGUCUUCGUGCAGGCCAGUUUGUAGGCCUCAACCACCUCAUUUGGCUCUACUUGGACCACAAUUACAUUGCCUCUGUGGAUGCAAUGGCCUUCCAGGGGGUACGCAGGCUCAAAGAGCUGAUCCUGAGUUCCAACAAGAUUACGUCGCUCCACAACACCACAUUCCACCCUGUCCCUAAUUUGCGCAAUCUGGACCUGUCGUACAACAAACUGCAAGCCUUGCAGCCGGGGCAGUUCCAGGGCCUACGGAAGCUUCUCAGCCUCCACAUACGCUCAAACUCUCUAAAAAUUGUCCCAAUGCGCCUGUUCCAAGAUUGCAGAAAUCUUGAAUUCCUGGAUCUGGGUUAUAACCGUCUGCGCAGUAUCACUCGGAAUGCAUUUUCAGGCCUAGUGAAGCUCACUGAGCUGCAUCUGGAGCAUAACCAGUUCUCAAAAAUCAAUUUCUCUCACUUUCCUCGUCUCUACAAUCUGCGGGCACUCUACCUGCAGUGGAAUCGCAUUCGUUCAAUGAACCAGGGCCUGACCUGGACUUGGGCCUCCAUUCAGAAACUGGAUCUGUCUGGGAAUGAUCUGAUGGAAGUGGAUGCUGUAGUUUACCAGUGCUUACCCAAUCUUCAGACCCUCAAUCUGGACUCCAACAAGUUGACCAAUGUCUCCCAGGAAGUUGUUGAUGCCUGGAUCUCCUUGACGACGAUUAGCUUAGCUGGAAAUGUAUGGGACUGUGGCCCUGCCAUCUGUCCUCUGGUGGGCUGGCUGAGAAAUUUCAGAGGGGCAAAGGAGACCACCAUGAUCUGCGCCUCCCCCAAGAAAGCCCAGGGGGAGAAAGUGAUGGAUGCAGUUGAAGCUUUUGGUGUUUGCCAAUCAAACCCAUCCACGACUCUCACUGUGAGUAUCCCUCCGACCCCGUCCAGUGUCCCUGUGCAGACUGACCGUCGCCCAGCCAUUCUGGCUUCACCUACUGGUUCUGGGAAGAGAGGAGAAGGAUCUAUUAGAGGCCCCACAUUGUCAGUCGUUACACCACCCGUGGCACUUCCUCCAGAGCAAGACUUGGAGCCGGUGUCCUUCCAUAAGAUUGUGGCUGGAAGUGUUGCCCUUUUUCUAUCCGUUGCGAUGAUCCUGUUGGUAAUCUACGUGUCUUGGAAGCGCUAUCCUAGCAGCGUGAAGCAGCUGCAGGAGCACUCGGCUGCAGCCCGCAAGCGUCGCAAGAAAGCUAGAGAGACGGAGCGCACCCUGAGCUCUCCGCUGCAGGAGUACUAUGUGGACUACAAGCCCACCAAUUCUGAGGCCAUGGAUGUGCUUGUCAAUGGGACCGGACCCUGCACCUAUACGAUCUCAGGCUCCCGAGAAUGCGAGGUCCCCCACCAGUUGGGUGCGCUGACCUUCUACCGCUAUGAACAGCCCAUCGUAGACUACUGCCAGGCCCAUCAGCCCCUGCGGCUCAACAUGGGUUACGAGGGACCCCCACAGGGCCUGGAGGGGCUGGAGGACCUGGGGCCAUGUGAUAGGGGCACUAUACAGACAGUGGCGCUGCCUGCCGUGCCCUCAGCUGCCACAAUGGGUGCCCCUGUGCCAGGGCCUCGCUCUCCUCCGCCACCCCUCAGACCACAGAGCGAAGGUCCCGUCAGCGUUCCCUAUCCCACCGUCGAGCGCACCGGCACACUCAAAUUUGGACGCUAGUGGGACGAGCCAGAUCGUCAGAAGCAGAGCAAAGGCCUCCGAUUCACCGUGACUUUGAAAUGAAGGGGCAGGCGAGCUGGUUGUUCAGUGGGGCCUAUGUUUUCAGAACAUGAGUAUGUGAACUCGAGGACUAAAAUUUUUCUAAUUCUGCCCGGAGGGAUUUGACAUCUGAAACACACAGACACACCAAUUUACAGCAGAGCGGGAGACAUCUUUUGCAGAUCAUUUUCGACUUCUUUUUUCCAAAGCGCUCCGCAGAAAUCUCCGUACCGCUCAAUCGUGGGAGGGGAAUCCAGCAUACGACAAAAAAAAAGCAUCACCUUGUUUUUUUUUCCAAAAUCUCAUGAUAACACGAUGGGGCACCUGUUCGAAGCAUAACAGCAGUCCACUUGAGUCAGGAGUGAAAAGGGAAAGUGCAAUAAACACCAGUUCUGGAUCACACAGAGUGAGAGCAGACAAGGAUAGGUGGAGCUGGACAUCAUGUGAAGAACAAGGGGCUUCAUACUGUGAUUAUUAUUGAAAUAUCUAGUCCGUAGUAGUUAACAAAAGCAAAAGCAUAUCAUUGGUUCACGAACAGGAGUCGUUUUCUCAAGACAAGUAACCAUACUGAAUUUUCUCUUCUCUUCUUUUUACUUUUCCUUUCUUUAGACGUGGGAUCUCUGGCUGGAUUCCAUCGAUGUGCAUGUCAAACCAAAGAGUUACCUUGUUUUUUGUUUUGUUUUUUUCUCUCUUUUAAUGCACACGAGCUGCUUUAGCAUGAGGGGCAUUCUUAAAAUGCCAGUUGGUCUGCUAAACUAGCCCCUGCUGACUCACAUUCACAAUUACAAACCAAAUCCCCUGGCAGUUUCAGAUGAACCCGGGCCCGUCUUCAACAAAUUAAUCACGCUAUCAGUGCAGAAGUGAACCCUGAAAUUUGAAAGAUAUUCAUCAGAAUUUUGUAUUUUACCUACCGACGCCAAUUCAGCAUUACCUAACAGAAUCACUUUCGGGGAGAUAUUAUGGGACGUUCCAUAGAUGUCUUCUUACCGGGGCCCAUUUCACAGCAGAGUGGCAGGUCUUUGUAUAUGAUCAUAUCCCAGCUGAAUGAUUCACUAUGCUUUAAAGAGGUAAUCAUGGGGAUUUUAUUUUUAUGAUUUUUUUUUUUUUUCUUUGGUGGUUAAAAUAAAUACAUUUGAAUGCAAAGUAUUGUACAUAUUCUUAAAAAAGGUCCGCGUUACUGAAGGUCGAACCACUCUCACUGCCCCCGGACAGUCAUUCGAGACAAUGUUGAGUCAAUGUUUGACUUUCAUCACACUGGACAAUUUGGAGAGCACCGUCCUGCUGGGUUGGCAAAGCCCCGGCCACGUGCUCCCCCCCCCCACCUCAGAGAACAACAGUGCCGAGUGGGGGCAUGUUGAACCAGCACGUUGACUUCUCUUUGACCUGCGUAUGAACCCAUGGGCUGUACUGGGAAAUAUUGCCUGACAUCUCCUUUUUUUUUUUUUUUUUACGGAAAGCGCCCAUCCAGUGCGGGACUUUAUUGCGCUCGGUAACCCUUUGGCCACCGUGUCAAACACUGCUUCUCACUGACUUACCGAGCUGAUGAGGACUUCAGAUACGGCUGUGAUGGCCUUUCAAAUAUCAUCUCCGGCUGAAUCCAAGCAGUGCACCGGGGUUGUUUUUUUUUUAACAUGUCAGUGGUCAUACUCACAGGAGUUGCAGACAUUGUACUUGGUCCUCCCACAGAGCAACUGAUCGAUUAAGAGAUGAAACUGCGAGGGGCCAAAAUGUCCCACGAAUGUGGGUAUAUCCUCAAGAUAAGGGAAACAAUAAGGAUUCUUUUAUUCUGUUUUGUUUGAUUCCUUUGUCGUUAUGGCUCGGAGGAUAUAAGAGACGAUUUUUUUUGAGGUGUUCAAAGAUGAUGUCAAGAAAUUCUAUAAGACUAAUCAAAGGACAAAAAAUCGAAUAGAACUUAUUUAUCGUGUAAAUAGUGAAUCUUUAAAGAUGAAGAAAAAAAAAAGCGUAUGAACUUGACUUCUUCUGACACACAAACUGCUUGUGAACAGAAGAGGAGCCUUAUUCACUUUCCAGUGGGAAUCUGUUACCAAGAUGACUCGGUGAAGAGGUUCCUACUGAAACUGCUCCUGUUGUUUCAAUGAUAAAUAUUUUUCUAUUUGCUCCCGUCACUACUCCACCAUUAAACACCAAUUACGUUUCUGAGGUUCUUUCUCAAAUCCAAUCAUUUUACGCGAAGAAGGGAAGAUUGGGAGCCCCAACCCCCACCCCCCCCGUUGCUGUGAUGCACUCCGAGCGUCCGAAAAAAAACCUCAUAGAGAUCCAUGUGUUCUGUUCUGACUUCAGACAUGUUUCAUCUUUGCAGGAGGUGACCGUGCAACGUGUUGUUUAGUCACAUCUCAAUCCGCUCCUCUUGUUUGAGAAUUCCGACACUAUCUGCCAUUUCAAGGUCUACUCGGGGAGAAGAAGUGUGCUAUUUCUUUACACCAAGAGUUUAACUUGUGAAGGGAUGUUCUUUUUUCUUUUUUCUUUUUCUUUUCGAUGUGCCAUUAUUUUGUUAAAUGUUUUACCAAAAACCAGCCCCAAAACAACAAGUGACCCAAGAGUCGUUUUCAUGGUUUCAUGACUAAGAAGGGUUCAAGUCCCCUUCGUGUACAGGA